UCAUUUAGCCAUUGUGUUUCUGUGAUUGCCACUGUUUGUGUUUUCUUGCAGUAUGGAGCAAAAAAGCCUCCAAGAAGAACUAACUUGUGCCAUAUGUUUAAAUAUUUACAAAGAUCCGGUGGUGAUCCCCUGCCAGCACAGCUUCUGCUACGAGUGCAUCAAGGAAUAUUGGAUACAGAAGCCUUACAACAUCAGUUGUGAUUGCCCUCAGUGCCGAAUGAAAUUUGAAACGCAGCCAAGCUUGGAGAAAAACUUCACCUUGUGCAACAUAGUCAACCAGAUUCAACCCAGCAGCCCUGGCCCAGAGACACCAGACAGUGUGAUGUGCGAUUUCUGUGUGGAUGGCACCACAGCAGCGACAAGGAGCUGCCUGAAGUGUGAGACUUCCUUCUGCUCGCUACAUUUACAGGCACACCUUACCCGACAAAACCUCAAGGAACACAUGCUGUGCAGACCUGUUGCCAACUUUUCAGAGAGGAAAUGCUCAGUACACAGCAAGGUGUUUGAGUUCUACUGCAAGGAAGAUGGAUGUUGUGUCUGCGCCUCGUGUAGCGUCCAUGGGACACACAGAAAUCACACUUUACUGAGCCUGGAGGAAGCAGCUCUGACUGCCAAGGUGCUUUUAAAAGAUGAAGUGACAGAUCUUAAAAGAUCAAUGUCAGACUUGCGGAAAAUGAAGCUACACCUGAAUAAAAUGGAGGCAGAUGUACUGACUCAAACUGAGAGAUACAGAAGUCGAAUAUUACUGACAUACAGUGAAAUCCAGAAGCAGACAAAAGAGGAUGAGCAGUUUGUGUUGCAGCAGAUUAAUCUUCAAAAGCAAGAAGUGAUUUCUAAGAUCGAACAACAUUGUAAGCAGGUUGAUGCAGUAAUGCAGACCCUCAAAGAAAAGGAGAAAGACAUUCAGGACAACUUAGCCAAUGAGCCGCUGUCUCUUAUACAGGCUGUUGAUCCUUCCACCUACCAGGCAGCUGAGAUUGAAAGCUUUCCAGAUCCUCCAGAUGAUCUUAAACUACAUGAGAGCAAAUUCCUCAGCAUCCUCAGAGAACGAACCCAGCAGCAUCAUGGCUAUUUAACAGCAAUAUGGCACAUCUUGAAUUGCCAGAGUUUAACUUUUGAUCUAAAUACCGUCCACACCAAUCUAACUGUCUCCCAGGAUCGUAAGACUGUCACUUGGUCAGAGUCGAAACAGUCAUACUCACCACAUCCAGAGAGAUUUACCUACGAUUCACAGGUCUUGUGCUCAGAAUGUUUUAACACUGGAAUCUCCACCUGGGACAUCAAGAUCAGCGGAGAAUAUUUCAAGGUAGGCGUCGCUUAUCAGAAACUGGAAAGGAAGAAACUCCUGACGUCUAUCCUGGGUCAAAAUUCAGCAUCCUGGUGCAUCUGUUCUCUGAAAGGGGAAUUUAAAGCUUGGCACAACAAUAUCUGCACCUACUUUACUCCUACCAAAGAUCUUAAACACAUUCGUGUUUGUUUGGAUUAUGAAGGUGGAACACUGUCUUUCUACCAGGUCACUAACACUCUGCUUCAUCUGCACACCUUUAAAACUACUUUCUCUGAGCCUGUGUAUCCCGCCUUCAAGUGUGGGGAUGACACAACUAUGACUCUGUGUUAGUCUUCAAGAGUUGUGCGUAAGCAAUACGUAGACUCACAAACACAUCACUGCUAAAAUGUCAGUGCAGGAGAUUCCAAUUUUACCAAAGGUCUGUCUGGUGUGGCCCAGAAACUAAUGCACUGGCGUUCAAACCAUAGAGCGACAAGAUGAUUCCCUGCGCCUCACUGUGGUUACCCUGCCAUGACCACUUGUUAAAAAUCACUUGGAAUGAAUACUAUUACAGAGCUUUCUUCUUCACAUGGCGUUUUGUUCUAAAAAGGCCCUAUAUGAAACAAAAGGUAUUUGUUUCUAAUAGAAAACUGUUUUGAAUAUGCUCACAUAUUACACAUUUAUCUUCUGCUCUAGAAGAGAAGUACAUUUUUAAUGUUAAUAAAGCAAACACUAUUAUAGUUUAUGUGCAAUAACUGUUUAUAAUCUAUACAGUCAUAACGGUUCAAAUGGAAGAUAAUAACUGCAACCUAGAAGCUUGUGAUGUAGCCUUACAGCUCAUGUCCACAGCAGUCACACAAUGCAUUAAGUUCUGCACCAAAACUGUCGAUACCUUGUUAGGGAAAAAAAAUCUCGAUUCCCAGAGUGUUCUUGAUCCGUUGUUUACUUCUGCACUAGUACACAAAGGCUCUCCGGACUCUAUUUAACAAAGACGUCUCGGGAGCAUAACUUGCAAGACGUCCGUUCUACAUUGUAAUCACAGAUAUGCUAAUUAUUCUUUGUUCAAACAAAACAUUUUAUAAGUAUGAAUAUACGAGAACAUCUUUAGCAUAUAGCUGAUAACAUGAUAUUGUUUAGGCAAGGAGAUUAACUUAAAAAGGUGAAGUAGGAUGAUCUAAAGGUUAGUAAUGGUAUAUAUUCACGGUUUCGAGACUCAACGUCGGACGCAGCUUCCUAGGGAAGUGUCUGCACACUUUAAACCACACAAACCAAUCAGUGUCAUC